AUGGGGCCCGAUCGACACCAGCAGCCGGCGGAUGGGAUCGCUGCCCCGCUCUCGCCGUCGUUGCCCCAUUGGUGGAGGCACGGUCAGCACCUGCAACCGGCAGAUGGGAUCUCCGCCCCGCCCCUCGCCGUCGUUGCCCCAUCUGUGGAGCACCUCGUGGCUGGGGUUGUGCCGCCCAUGGCGACCAACCAACUCACCCUCUUUUUCCAUGGCGAGUUGCAUUCCAGGCAGAUGGACUCGCACAGUUUUUCAGAACUGGAGAAGCACAUUGAAGACAUGCAUGUCCUGAUUACCACCCCAUUCCACCCAGCUUAUGUCACUGCAGAGAGGAUAAAGAAGGCGAAGAAUCUUGAGCUUCUUCUCACGGCAGGAAUCGGCUCCGAUCAUAUUGAUCUUCCAGCAGCUGCUGCUGCGGGCUUAACUGUGGCUGAGGUCACUGGAAGCAACACUGUCUCUGUGGCAGAAGAUGAGCUCUUGCGCAUUCUGAUUCUGCUCAGGAACUUCUUGCCUGGGUACCAACAGGUAGUUCAAGGCGAAUGGAACGUAGCAGGCAUUGCCCACAAAGCUUAUGAUCUUGAAGGAAAAACUGUUGGGACUGUUGGGGCUGGUCGUAUUGGCAGGCUCUUGCUUCAGCGUCUUAAGCCCUUUAACUGCAACCUACUUUACCAUGAUAGACUUCAGAUUGACCCAGAGCUUGAGAAAGAAAUUGGGGCCAAAUUUGAGGAGGACCUGGAUGCUAUGCUUCCAAAGUGUGAUGUGAUUGUGAUCAACACACCUCUUACGGAGAAAACAAGAGGCAUGUUUAACAAAGAGAGGAUUGCAAAGAUGAAGAAAGGUGUAAUUGUUGUGAAUAAUGCUCGAGGAGCAAUCAUGGAUGCUCGAGCAGUCGCAGAUGCAUGUUCUAGCGGUCACAUUGCUGGAUAUGGUGGUGAUGUGUGGUUCCCACAGCCAGCACCAAAGGAUCACCCCUGGCGCUACAUGCCUAACCAUGCCAUGACCCCUCACAUCUCUGGGACUACAAUUGAUGAGCAGCUGCGGUAUGCGGAUGGUGUGAGGGACAUGCUGGAUAGGUAUUUCAAGGGCGAGGACUUCCCGGUGCAGAACUACAUCGUCAAGGAAGGCCAGCUCGCCAGUCAGUACCAGUGACCGCGCGAGAUGUUGCUGUGCUGUGUAGGCUUUUCUGGUGAGAAGUUGCGAGGAAGAAACUCCUGUUGCGUACUUGUGUUACUGUAUGAGUAGCUCUGAGAAAUCUGUCAGCGGCCACCUGUAAUAAAAGAAUGCCUUGCUGGUAUCUCACCGUGGAGAUCAAUAAGUCCCUUUUUUCCUUCUCUGU